AUGACGGAGGAGAGCAGAGGGGAAGGCAAGGGGGAGAGCGGGAAGGACUUGGAGAAGCAGCUUCGCCUCCGCGUCUGCGUCCUCAACGAGCUGCUCAAGACCGAGCGGGACUACGUGGGCACGCUGGAGUUCCUGGUGUCGGCUUUCCUUCACCGAAUGAUCCAAUGUGCUACAGCCAAAGUGGAUAAAAAUGUCACAGAAGAGACAGUUAAGAUGUUGUUUUCAAAUAUUGAAGAUAUUCUUGCAGUUCACAAAAACUUCCUGUCCCUCGUGGAGGAGUGCUUGCAGCCAGAACCGAGUGCGCAGCAUGAAGUUGGAACUUGCUUUCUUCAUUAUAAAGAGAAAUUUCGUAUCUAUGAUGAAUACUGCAGUAACCACGAGAAGGCACAGAAAGUUCUGCUUGACCUUAACAAAAUAAGAACAGUGCGGACAUUUCUUCUGAAUUGCAUGCUCCUUGGAGGACGUAAGAACACAGAUGUGCCAUUGGAGGGGUAUCUAGUAACGCCAAUACAAAGAAUAUGCAAGUAUCCUCUUCUUUUGAAGGAGUUACUGAAGCGGACUCCAAGGAAGCACAGUGACUACGCAGCACUAAUGGAAGCCCUCCAGGCCAUGAAAGCUGUCUGUUCCAACAUAAAUGAGGCCAAGAGACAAAUGGAAAAAUUAGAGUUUCUGGAAGAAUGGCAGUCUCAUGUUGAAGGAUGGGAGGGGUCCAACAUCACUGACACAUGCACAGAAAUGCUGCGAAGUGGACUACUACUGAAAAUCUCAGCAGGAAAUAUUCAAGAGCGGAUAUUUUUUCUGUUCGAUAACCUUUUGGUGUACUGCAAAAAAAAGCAUAGGCGAUUGAAGAACAGCAAAGCAUCUACUGACGGCCAUCGUUACCUUUUUCGGGGCAGAAUAAACACAGAAGUGAUGGAAGUAGAGAAUGUAGAUGAUGGAACAGCUGACUACCACAGCAGUGGCCACACUGUCAUUAAUGGCUGGAAGAUCCACAACACAGCAAAGAACAAAUGGUUUGUGUGCAUGGCAAAAACACCUGAAGAGAAGCAAGAAUGGCUGGAAGCUAUUUUGAAAGAACGAGAGAGACGAAAAGGUUUAAAAUUGGGCAUGGAACAAGACACUUGGAUGAUGAUCUCUGAGCAAGGAGAAAGACUAUACAAAAUGAUGUGCAAACAAGGGAAUCUCAUCAAAGACAGGAAGAGGAAAUUAACCACUUUUCCCAAGUGCUUUCUUGGAAGUGAAUUUGUGUCCUGGUUAUUGGAAAUUGGAGAGAUACACAAAUCCGAAGAAGGCGUUCAUCUUGGCCAAGCUUUAUUAGAGAAUGGCAUUAUCCAUCAUGUUACAGAUAAGCACCAAUUCAAACCUGAACACAUGCUGUACAGAUUCCGAUACGAUGAUGGAACAUACUAUCCAAGAAACGAGAUGCAGGAAGUGAUUUCUAAGGGUGUACGACUGUACUGUCGCCUUCACAGUCUCUUCACCCCAGUAAUUCGGGAUAAAGAUUAUCACCUGAGAACCUACAAAUCUGUAGUCAUGGCUAACAAACUCAUAGACUGGUUGAUUGCACAGGGGGAUUGCCGGACCAGGGAGGAAGCUAUGAUCUUCGGUGUAGCUCUUUGUGAUAAUGGGUUUAUGCAUCAUGUGUUAGAGAAAAGUGAAUUUAAAGAUGAACCACUGUUGUUUCGUUUUUAUGCGGAUGAAGAAAUGGAAGGGUCAAAUAUGAAGCACAGACUGAUGAAACAUGAUUUGAAAGUAGUGGAAAAUGUCAUAGCUAAGUCAUUAUUGAUUAAAUCUAAUGAAGGCACCUAUGGUUUUGGUUUAGAAGAUAGAAAUAAGGUGCCAAUUAUUAAAGUGGUGGAGAAAGGAUCCAAUGCUGAGAUGGCAGGCUUGGAGGUUGGAAAAAAAAUCUUCGCCAUUAAUGGUGACCUGGUUUUUCUGCGACCCUUUAGUGAAGUGGAUUGCUUCCUGAAAACAUGUUUAAACAGCAGAAAGCCCCUGCGGGUUCUUGUGAGCACUAAACCACGGGAGACAGUGAAGAUUCCUGACUCUGCAGAUGGACUUGGAUUCCAAAUCCGGGGCUUUGGCCCAUCAGUCGUCCAUGCUGUUGGGAGAGGAACAGUGGCAGCUGCAGCAGGUCUCCACCCUGGCCAAUGCAUAAUCAAAGUGAAUGGAAUUAAUGUCAGCAAAGAGACUCAUGCAAGUGUUAUUGCUCAUGUCACGGCAUGCAGGAAGUAUAGGCGUCCAAUGCAGCAAGAUUCUAUACAGUGGAUUUACAACAGCAUUGAAAGCGCACAGGAAGAUCUUCAGAAAACAAAUGCCAAGCCCUCUGGAGAUGAUGGAGGAGAUGCCUUUGACUGCAAAGUGGAAGAGGUGAUUGACAAGUUUAAUACUAUGGCAAUAAUUGAUGGGAAGAAAGAUCACGUAAGCCUGACUGUUGACAAUGUUCACCUGGAGUAUGGAGUGGUUUACGAGUAUGACAGCACAGCUGGAAUAAAGUGCCAUGUGUUAGAAAAAAUGAUUGAACCAAAGGGAUUUUUCAGCUUGACUGCAAAGAUUCUGGAAGCACUGGCAAAAAGUGAUGAGCAUUUUGUGCAGAACUGCAACAGCCUCAAUUCCUUAAAUGAAGUGAUCCCCACUGAGCUUCAAAGUAAAUUCAGUGUCAUUUGCAGUGAGAAAAUUGAGCAUAUCUACCGAAGAAUCUCUAGUUAUAAAAAGUUUUCAAGAGUAUUAAAAAACAGAGCUUGGCCCACCUUCAAGCAAGCUAAGUCAAAGAUCUCACCACUUCACAGCAGUGAUUUCUGUCCGACCAAUUGCCAUAUCAAUGUGAUGGAAGUGUCUUACCCUAAAACCUCAACUUCUGUUGGGAGUGCCUUUGGUGUACAGUUAGACAGCAGAAAACAUUCUUCUCAUGAAAAAGAAAAUAAAAACACUGAUCAAGGUAAACUGAAUCCCAUGGUUUAUGUUCAGCACACCAUUACUACUAUGGCUGCCCCUUCAGGACAGUCUCUUGGCCAGCAAGAGGGCCAUGGUCUGAGGUACCUCUUAAAAGAAGAAGAUUUAGAAACACAAGAUGUCUAUCAGAAAUUGCUGUUCAAAUUACAGACUGCGCUGAAAGAGGUGGAAACAUGUGUCUGUCAGAUAGAUGACCUUCUUUCUUCAAUAACAUAUUCUCCCAAAUCAGAACGUAAAACGCCUGAGCCUUUAAUACCAGCAGACAGUGAUAAUGAAAGGGGAGAAAGGAAUGGGAAGAAAGUCUGUUUCAGUGUGACAGGUGAUGAACAAGAAGAUUCUGGUCAUGAUACCAUCAGCAACAGGGAUUCUUACAGUGAUUGCAACAGCAACAGGAACUCCAUUGCUUCCUUCACCAGCAUUUGUAGCAGUCAAUGCAGUUCUUACUUUCACAGUGAUGAAAUGGAUUCAGGUGAUGAGCUUCCCAUAAGUGUUCGAAUCUCUCAUGAUAAACAAGACAAGCUCCAUAGCUGUUUGGAGAAUCUUUUUGGUCAAGUCGAUUCAAUUGUCAAUCUUCUGAAAGGACCAGCUGUGGUGAGGGCCUUUGAACAGACAAAGUACUUUACACCAGGCCGAGGCCUACAAGAGUUUCAGCAGGAAAUGGAACCGAAGCUUAGCUGUCCAAAGAGGCUACGACUCCACAUCAAACAAGACCCUUGGAACCUUCCCAGCAGUGUCCGCAGUCUUGCCCAGAAUAUCAGAAAAUUUGUUGAAGAGGUGAAGGCACGGAUACUCUUAGCACUUCUUGAAUAUACAGAUAGCGAGAUACAACUGAGGCGAGACAUGGUCUUCUGUCAAAGUCUAGUGGCCACAGUCUGUGCUUUUUCAGAGCAGCUAAUGGUGGCCUUAAAUCAGAUGUUUGACAACAACAAAGAAUAUGAAAUGGAGACGAUGGAAGCCAGCAGAAGGUGGUUGGAACAGAUAGCUAGUGCGGGUGUUCUCCUUCAUUUCCAGUCACUGCUGUCACCUAACCUGGCUGAUGAGCAAGCCAUGCUAGAAGAUACACUGGUUGCACUGUUUGACUUGGAAAAAGUUACUUUUUACUUCAGACAAUCAGAGCCAGAACCACUAGUUGCAAAUGUUCCAAUCACAUACCAAGCAGAAGGAAGCCGGCAAACUCUGAAGGUUUAUUUCUACCUUGAUAGUUACCAUUUUGAACAGCUUCCUCAAAGACUGAAGAAUGGAGGGGGGUUUAAAAUCCACCCAGUACUUUUUUCACAAGCAUUGGAAAGCAUGGAAGGAUAUUACUACAGAGACAGUGUUUCAGUAGAAGAAUUUCAAGCUCAGAUAAAUGCAGCAUCACUAGAAAAAGUAAAGCAGUAUAACCAGAAACUACGAGCAUUCUACCUGGACAAGUCAAACCUGCCUGCAAAUUCAACAUCUAAAGCAGCUUACAUAGAUAAGCUGAUGAGGCCUCUCAAUUGCUUGGAUGAACUUUACCGACUCAUAGGGUCAUUUAUCCGAUCCAAGCGCACCGCUGCCUGUGCAUACACUGCUUGCAGUGCUUCUGGAGUUGGAUUGUUAUCAGUUUCUUCUGAACUCUGCAACAGGCUUGGAGCUUGUCACGUCAUUAUGUGCAACAGCGGAGUUCACCGCUGCACCCUGAGCGUUACCCUGGAGCAGGCGAUCAUUCUGGCCCGGAGCCAUGGGCUCCCACCUCGCUAUAUCAUGCAAGCUACAGAUGUCAUGCGUAAACAGGGUGCAAGAGUACAAAACACAGCCAAGAAUUUAGGAGUGAGGGAUCGAACGCCACAAUCUGUUCCAAGAUUAUACAAGCUCUGCCAACCACCGCCACCAGUUGGAGAAGAAUGA